AUGCCUAAAUGGAUUUUACUAUGCUUAUUUUUCUCCAAUACAUCUGGCUUUGCUGGUGAAGAAACCGACACUGAAGAGAUGGAAGCAGAUGCUGAAAAAACGUAUAACGCUACCUAUAGCGAAGAGUUGAGCCGACUAGAGACCCAACUUUUUGCGAAAUAUGAGCGCAAUCGACGGCCGGUGAAGAAUCAGAGCGUUCCUAUUGACGUUCAACUUCAUUUUCACGUAAUUCAUGCCACCGUUGACGAAAAAGUCGGAACAAUGAAUUUUAAUGGCCAUUUAUAUAUGACAUGGAGAGACGAAUUCCUUGGCUGGGAUCCAUUAAAAUAUAACGGGGUCAAGCAGUUCAACACCAAAAAGUGGUCCAUUUGGACACCGCAACUUCGAGCACACAAUUCUGCUUCAGGGGCUGCGUCUAGCUGGGAUAUUUCGAAAAUUGCUCAUGUGCUAAUCAAUAGUAAAGGCGAGAAUGCGGCUCAGGUAGAAGUCUAUCCUUCCAUGAGCAUGAAAGUCACUUGCGACUUUGAUUUCACUGAUUUCCCCGAUGACAUCCAAGAAUGUACCGUCCGUGUCUUUUCCUUUGAUCGCUUGAAUUUGGUCAAUUUGCGAUUUUAUGGAAAUUUACCGGCGUCAUUAUCGUUAGGCUGGGGCGAUCAAGCCAGCAAAAAUAAAAUCGGUAAUUGGCAAUUCCUUGGGUCGAAAAAUGUGAUUGAAUAUUAUGAUGCUGGAAAUUAUUCUACAGUAAUGCCGCCAGCGGAACGAUGGCAGAAUGCAUGGGCCGUUCUGCGUACCACCUUUAAAGUAAAGCGACACGCCGCACUGUUCGGAGCUAUUUUCAAAUUGCCUUCCUACCUUUUUAUCUACGUAGUAGCAAUCGUUUGUUUGUUGCCAAAUAUCCGACAAGCACUGCUGCUAUCCGCAAGCAUGUUCGGGAUCCAAACGCUAUUUUUGCAUGAUUUUGUCAUGAAAGUGCCUUCGACUGCUGGGCAGCUGCCGUCUUGCCUGAAAUACUACCAAUUCGCAAUGCAAUACAACGGAUUGAUGAUGAUCUACCAUUUUGCGCUACUUUGGGGUCCACCAGCCGUCAUUCCCCCAUUCCUUGCGACCAAAGAACUCAUCACCAAGAAUUAUCACGAAAACUUGAAAGAUCGAAUCCUCGGCCUUGCUUCCGCUUUCCGGUCCCAUUUGGCCCUUUUCACCUUAAUAAUCCAUCACCUUAGUUGGUUAAUACUAGUCCUA